AUGUCAACUCCCUCAAAUACUGGUUUUCUAAAGGUUGCCCUGCAAGCCUGGUUUUCUGGUCCCUACACUAUCAAAUCUAAUAGGAGGGGAGGAAACCAGGCUACCCUGAGCAAUGACGGUUCCUGGAUCGAGGUGGACCUGGCUACCAGUAUUGUUGUGUCGGGCGUCAUCACAAAAAGCCAGAAGAUCGGGCAGUACACUGGAUAUGUAAAGAAGUAUAAAGUGGCCUUUAGGGAGCAGUCCGAAUCUGAAAUGACAUAUGAGACAGAUGCAAACGGAAACGCCAAGGUGUUCACGGGUAACACUGAUGCCAACACCCCGGUCACUAACAUGUUUGAUGAGAGUGUGGUGGCGACCGUAGUGCGCAUUGAGCCUACCGAAUGGCAAGGCUGGAUACUAGUCACUCCUGGUUAUGACGUCAUCCUGUUCUACGGUCUGCGAAGCUGCCGAGGCGAGCUGUUGUGGUUUGUGUGCACGGUGAUAUACCAUCAACCUGACGGAUUCUCAGUCAUUGCAUCUGUGACAAUGGACGGAGCAGUAGCUUGGUUUCUGAUGGUAUCAACACUGGCAGCGCUCUUUGUUGUUGUGGAGAGCGAGGCGAGAACAUGUUACUUCGGUCCCCCACCGGAACCUGAUCCUGAUAAUCCGGAUCACUGGAUGAAGCAAGUCAUGCAAGAGGUACGGGAGCGUUGUCCGGGAAAGAGGCAGCCUACACCAGCUGGCACUAGGGAGCCUUCCCCAGCAGGUACGGAGAAACCUUCCCCAGCUGGUGCGGGAAAAUCAACCACGCCAGCUGGUACAGGAGAACCGACCACAGGUGGUACGGGGGAACCUACCACAGCUGGUACGGAGGAACCUACCACAGCUGGUACGGAUGAACCUACCGCAGCUGGUACGGAGGAACCUACCACAGCUGGUACGGAGGAACCUACAACAGCUGGAAUGGGGGAACCUACCCCAGCUGGUACGGAGAAACCUACCACAGCCAGUACUGAGGAACCUACCACAGCCGGUACGAGGGAACCUACCCCAGCUGCAAAACUUGAGUGUCCGAGUCCACAGCCUCUUGGUAUGGAGGACGGGACAAUCCCUGAUGAUCACAUCACCGCGUCCAGCGUUUUUGUAAACAGCUACCGUCCUGGCUGUUGCACACCCCAGAAGGGACGGCUGAACAGUGGCAGUAUAUGGAAACCAUGGAGCGAUGAAGGUUCCUGGAUCGAGGUGGACCUGGCUACCAGUACUGUGGUGUCUGGUGUCACCACAAAAAGCCUGAGGAUCGGGCAGUACACUGGACAUGUAAAGAAGUAUAAAGUGGCCUUUGGGAAGCAGUCCACAUCCGAUUCCACAUAUGUGACUGACGCAAACGGACACGACAAGGUGUUCACGGGUAACACUGAUGCCAACACCCCGGUCACUAACAUGUUUGAUGAGAGUGUGGUGGCGACCGUAGUGCGCAUUGAGCCUACCGAAUGGCAUGUCCACGUUCGUCUGCAAUUUGAGUUGCUUGGAUGUCGCCGAUUGGGGAGAAUGGACGGAGCAGUAGCUUGGAUUCUGAUGACAUCAGCAGUGGCAGUGUUGGCCUCAUGCCACAAAGUCUGCUUCAUUGGAUCGGAGUACAACCCCCAAGCUGGUAUCCCACCCCGUUGGUUCCUGCCGUACAACGAUCCAUGCGAAUGCACAGCUAUACGUCUCGGUGGGAUGCAAAUGCCCGCUUCGUCAUACCGCAAGGGGGCGCCCCACUACCUGAAGGAGCUUUUCCUAAUGGAACGACUUCUGCUGGUGAAGCGACUCCUGCUGGUGGAGCGACUACUGCUGGUGGAGCGACUACUGCUAGUGGACCGACAACUGCUAGUGGACCGACAACUGCUAGUGGACCGACAACUGCUAGUGGACCGACUACUGCUGGUGGACCGACAACUGCUGGUGGACCGACUUCUGCUGGUGGAGCGACUCCUGCUGGUGGAGCAACUACUGCUAGUGGAACGACUGCUGCUAGUGGACCGACAACUUCUAGUGGACCGACAACUGCUAGUGGACCGACAACUGCUAGUGGACCGACUACUGCUAGUGGUACUGCUAGUGGACCGACAACUGCUGGUGGACCGACUUCUGCUGGUGGAGCGACUCCUGCUGGUGGAGCGACUACUGCUAGUGGAACGACUGCUACUAGUGGAACGACUGCUGCUAGGGGAAGGAACUGCUGCUGGUGGAGCGACUACUGCUAGUGGUACGACUACUGCUAGUGGUACUGCUAGUGGUACGACUACUGCUAGUGGUACGACUACUGCUAGUCGCCCGACUACAGUUAGUCAAACGACUGCAGUUAGUACAGCAAAAGCAGAGUGUUCAGAGCCUCUUGGUAUGGAGGACGGGACAAUCCCUGAUGAUCGUAUCACGGCGUCCAGCGUUUGGGAGUCCACCAACUAUCCUGACUGUUGCACACCCCAAAAGGGACGGCUGAACAGUGACAGUGUAUGGAAACCAUCGAGCAAUGACGGUUCCUGGAUCGAGGUGGACCUGGCUACCAGUACUGUGGUGUCUGGCGUCACCACAAAAAGCCAGUAUUAUAGCACGCAGUACUAUGGAUACGUAAAGAAGUACAAGGUGGCGUAUAAGAAUCAGCCCACACAUGAAUAUCAACACGUGACAGAUGGAAGCGGAGAAGUCAAGGAGUUCAUGGGUAACACUGAUCACGACACCCCGGUCACUAACCUGUUUGAUGAGAGUGUAGAGGCGACCGUAGUGCGCAUUGAGCCUACCGAAUGGCAUAAUCGGGUUCGUCUGCAACUGGAGUUGCUUGGGUGUCGCCGCGCCUUGAUUAAUUAG